AUGGAUCGAUUCGAGGUGCUGGAAGAGGAGACGCACUAUCCUGCGGCGCACCCCAAGAGCCUCGAGAAGCAGGCAGACAACCAGCCAGAAGCGGCGGUCGAAGAGAAGGAGGAGGAGACGCUGGAGCAGCAGCUGGAGCGUCUCGUACUCAGUGUAAAAAGCGACAAAGAAGUCGACGCCUCACAAGCAGAGGAGAAAAAUGCUUCUCAAGACAAAACCGAGAAUGUGAAGAGGGCGUCGGGUGCGAAAGAGCUCGGCAACAAAUUCUUCUCGCGUGGCAGCUAUCUAGACGCCAUCGAGUGCUACACGACGGCAUUAAAGCUCUGCCCCGCCGAUGAGGAGUACGCGUAUAAUAGGGCGGUGUACUUCAGCAAUCGGGCGGCAUGUCUGAUGCGUCUCGGACGGACUGACGAGUCUGUGGACGACUGCACGCAGGCCGUGACGCUGUCGCCUACAUACGUGAAGGCGCUUUUGCGACGAGCAGAAGCUUUUGAGAAGCUGGACAAAUUGGAAGAGGCCCUGGCAGACUACGACGCCGUGUUGAAGAUCGACCCGACGGUGCGCACGGCGGUUAAAAGUCACGAGCGAUUGCAGAAGAUCGUGCACGAACGGCAGGAGAAGAUGAAGGCGGAAAUGCUGGACAAACUCAAGGGGUUUGGUAAUACGAUCCUGGGCAAGUUUGGACUCAGCACCGACAACUUCCAGAUGGUGCAGGACCCCGCUACGGGAUCGUACAGUGUCAACUUCCAGCAGAACCCAGGACAGCAACAGCAGAAGUGA